AUUCUAAGUCGUAGGAGAUGGCCGAAGAACACAUUUUAGAUCAGUUCCAACAAGAAAAUAAUGCAGAAGAGGAAGUAGACAAUAGAUUGGUUCAGCCACUCAUGGAAAUAUUUCCUGAAGCAUGUCCACAAUUCUUACGGCAAAUUUGUAAAGGAAAGCGCCACUCCCCUGACGUACUGAAUAGUUUAAUGGGAGAAGUCCUGGAUGUGGAUUACCCCAAGCGAAGAAAAACUGAAAGCGCACCGUACCGUCUGAAUGCCUCUGAACAACUGGAGCUAAUGAAAAGCAUACUUGUGGACGCCGAUCCGGAAUAUUUACAAAUGCAUUCUGAUCGUCUCAUCGAUAAUCCGGACGACCUUAAAGCGUUUGUGUCUCAAGCGAUCGAAACACGAAACUAUCCAACGUUGAAAAAAUAUUUGAGGAAGAAACAACUAUCCGCCCAACAAAACCAGUACACAAGUGAAUUCAGUGUUGCCAAAUUUCUAGAAGUAAUACCCGAUCCUUUUCAGUAUUUUGCUGAUUCAAAGCGGAAAGUUGGUGAAUUAGAUUAUCGCAGUCACAAUUACGCUAUGUAUUACCUACGAAACAAAUUUGCAAUGGUACAAUUGCGAUCAAUCCGCGAAUGCUUUAUUAAAAAUAAAGAAGGGCUUUUGGCAACUUGUAAGGAAUUGGAAAAUUACCCUCCUUCCAAAAGAAUGGCAUCAAAGCGAGGAAAAGUGGCGAUGCCUUCCAUAAUUCAAAAUAUACCUCUUCUUCAAGAAAUUGCCUUCUAUGACCAUCAGGAGGAAAUAACGCAAUUUUUAAGUCAAAGAAAGUUACAAGAAGAGAUGGAGCGUAAACAAGCCAAAGCCGCCGGAUUAUUGCAGACGUGUGCUUGUUGCUAUGACGAUGAAAUCAUGCCCAAUGAUAUCGCUUCUUGUGAAGCCGGUUGUAUGUUUUGUAAAUAUUGUGUACGGAAAAGUGCGGAGAUCGCGUUUGGAGAUGGUAAAUUGGACUUUCCCUGCCUUGGCGAUUGCGAGUCCCAUUUUACUUUACCAGUUUUACAGGAUGUAAUCAACCCAAAAAUGUUUUCCGUCAUUGCUUCAAAAAAACAAGUCGAGGAAGUAAAAGCGGCUGGAAUUGAAGAUUUGGAAACUUGUCCCUUCUGUGAUUUUGCGGCUAUCCCUGCUCGUGAUGAUAAAUUGUUUAGGUGUCUAAAUCCUCAGUGUAUGAAAGAGUCGUGUCGAAUGUGUAAGGAACCUUCGCAUGUGCCUUUGCGUUGCGAUGAAGUUGAGAAGGAUGAGGACGUUAAAGAUCGAACAUAUAUAGAAAAUAAAAUGACUGAAGGACUGCUGAGAACCUGCUACAAAUGCGAUAUGAAGUUCAUCAAAGAGGAAGGAUGUAAUAUGAUGAAAUGCCGUUGCGGAGCUCUCAUGUGCUAUGUUUGUAAUCAACCUGUCAAAAAUUACAACCAUUUUAACGGCCCCGACGGUAGUAAUACAAAUCUCUGCCCUCUAUUUAGCGACAUCAUUCAACUUCACAAAGAUGCGGUCUUAAAAAGUGCCGAAGAAGCUAAGAGAGAUCUAGGAAUUAGCGAAGCUAAAAGAUUAAAGAUAGAUCCCACCGCGGAUAUCGAACAGCACUAUAAGACUGACACUGAAACUGUUGUUCCAGCAGCUCCCGUUAAUCCCUUUUUAGCAAUGAAUCGUGAAGAUCGCCUUGCACAGGAGAGAGCGUUGCAAAGGUUUGAACACAACCGCCGUCGUCGUCGCCGACACUAAUUUUCAGAUUACCUUUAUUAUCAGUUAAUACUGUGUAGUGUGUAUAUUAUGUCUAUUUUAAGUUGAACCAAAUUUUAUUAUGA